AUGUGGAAGGACAGACAGGCUCAGCUGUGCCUUUUUUCAGUUCUUCUUGCCUUCCUACCUUCUUCUUCUUCCUUGCUCAAUGGAGACCCGAAGUAUAUGGUGCUGGCCCCUUCCCAGCUCUACACUGAGACCCCUGAGAAAAUCUGCCUCCAUCUCUACCAUCUGAAUGAGACAGUGACUGUCACAGCUUCCUUGAUAUCACAGUUGGGAAGGAGACAGCUGUUCGAUGAUCUUACAGUUGACAAGGACUUGUUCCACUGUGUUUCCUUCAUUAUCCCUAGAUUAUCCUCUUCUGAAGGGGAGGAGUCUCUUGAAAUUGACAUCAAAGGGCCAACACAUAAAUUCAACAAAAGGAAUACUGUGCUGGUGAAGAACAAAGAAAGUGUUGUCUUCAUCCAGACAGAUAAGUCUGUGUACAAGCCAGGACAGUCAGUUAAAUUUCGGGUUGUCUCUAUGGAUAAAAAUCUACAUCCCCUGAAUGAGUUGUUUCCUCUGGCUUACAUUGAGGAUCCAAAAACGAACCGAAUUAUGCAGUGGCGGGAUAUUAAGACGGAGAAUGGGCUUAAGCAAAUGUCCUUCAGCCUGGCAGCAGAGCUCAUCCAGGGCCCUUACAAGAUAGUGAUGCAGAAACAGUCAGGAUGGAAGGAAGAGCACUCCUUCACCGUGAUGGAAUUCGUGCUUCCUAGAUUUGACGUCGACGUGAAGGUCCCAAAUGCCAUCUCUCUGCAUAAUGAAAUAGUCAAUGUGACUGUAUGUGCAAAAUAUACCUAUGGAAAGCCUGUGCCUGGAGAUGGAGAGAUAAACAUAUGCCAAGAAUUUCAAUUAUCUAACUUUGAUAAUAAGCUAGACAACAAUGGCUGCAGGACACAAGAAGUGAACAUCAGGUAUCUACAAUCAAGGGGAACAGAGAGACAAUAUUGUAAAGUCCAGCUCCUUCAUGUGAAUGCAACUGUUACAGAAGAAGGGACAGGAUUACAGUACAGUGAAUCCAGAACAACUAAAGUUGAAAUAAGCACAAGCAAGCUCAUAUUUCUGAAAGCAGAUUCACACUUCAGACACGGGAUUCCAUUCUUUGUGAAAGUCCGCCUAGUGGAUCUCAAAGGAGCUCCUAUCCCAAAUGAGCAAGUCUUCAUCAAAGCACAAGAGAUUAGCUACACCAAUGCUACUACCACUGAUCAGCAUGGCCUGGCAAAGUUCUCCAUAGAUACCAGCGGCAUCUCGGUCCAUUCCUUCAAUAUCAAAGUCUACCACAAGGAGGAAAAUUCAGGUUACUAUUCCUUUUGCAUGGAAGAAAGACAUGCAGAGGCAAUGCAUAGGGCCUAUGCUGUUUACUCCCCCAGCAAAAGCUACAUCUACCUUGAGACAGAGACCAGCAGCAUCUUGCCCUGCAACCAGAUCCACACAGUUCAGGCACAUUUUAUUCUGAAGGGGAAGGACUUGGGAGUGCUGAGAGAGCUCCUUUUCCACUACCUGGUCAUGGCCCAGGGCAGCAUCAUCCAGACUGGAAACCACACUCAUCUCGUGGAGCCAGGAGAAUGUAAGUUAAAAGGCAGCUUUGCCUUGGAGAUCCCUGUGGAGUUCAGUAUGGUCCCUGUGGCUAAAAUGCUCAUCUAUGCCAUCUUGCCUGAUGGAGAAGUGAUUGCAGAUUCUGCAAGCUUUGAAGUGGAAAAGUGUCUUCGCAACAAAGUGGACCUGAGCUUCAGCUCAUCUCAAAGUCUUCCUGGCUCACAAACCCAUCUGCGGGUCACAGCUUCUCCUCAGUCACUCUGUGGACUGAGAGCUGUGGACCAAAGUGUGCUGCUCCUGAAGCCCGAGGCUGAGCUCUCCCCGUCAUGGAUAUACGGUCUGCCAGGUAUGCAGCAGAAGAAAUUCAUCCCAAGUUCCCACUUGUCUGAAAAUGAUAACUGUGUAUGGUACUGGAGAACUGAUAAACACCCAGACUCAGUACGACACAGGGAAGAGAAGGAUGUCUACAGAUAUAUGGAGGACAUGGGUUUAACGGCACUCACAAACUUGAAGAUCAACUAUCCUACGCUUUGUUAUAACUAUGACAUGGUUCCAAUGGCAGCACUACUACCAAAUAGAAAUCCACCACCUGAAGAGCCACUUACUGAAACAAUUCGGAAAUAUUUUCCUGAAACCUGGGUGUGGGACAUAGUCACAGUAAACUCCUCAGGAGUGGCUGAAGUGGAAAUGACAGUCCCUGACACCAUCACUGAAUGGAAGGCCGGAGCCCUCUGCCUGUCCAAUGAUACUGGCCUUGGUCUCUCCUCUGUGGCACCUCUCCAAGCCUUCCAGCCCUUCUUUGUGGAGCUCUCGUUGCCCUACUCUGUCAUCCGUGGAGAAACCUUCAUGCUCAAAGCCACUGUGAUGAACUUCCUCCCUACAAGCAUGCGGAUAGUUGUGCAGCUGGAAGCCUCUCCUGAUUUCACAGUUGUUCCAGUAGAAAAAGACCAAGAUUCUUACUGCCUUGGUGCCAAUGGGAGACACACCUCAUCCUGGGUGGUAACUCCCAAAACUUUAGGGAAUGUGAAUUUCUCUGUGUCUGCUGAAGCACAACAGUCCCCAGAGCCCUGUGAUUCUGAGGUGGCCACAGUUCCUGAAACUGGGAGAAAGGACACAGUAGUCAAAGUCCUGAUAGUUGAGCCUGAAGGAAUCGAGAAAGAGCAUACCUUCAGCUCACUGCUCUGCACAUCAGAUGCUGAGGUAUCAGAAAAAUUGUCCCUGGUGCUCCCACCAACAGUAGUGAAAGAUUCAGCCAGAGCCCAUUUCUCUGUGAUGGGUGAUAUCUUGAGUUCAGCUAUAAAAAACACACAAAAUCUUCUCCAGAUGCCCACUGGCUGUGGAGAGCAAAACAUGAUCCUUUUUGUUCCCAACAUCUAUGUACUGAAAUAUUUGAAUGAAACCCAACAACUGACUCCGAAGAUCAAGUCCAAGGCCCUUGGCUUCCUCAGAACUGGUUAUCAGAGAGAACUGAACUACAAACACAAGGAUGGCUCCUACAGUGCCUACGGGGAUCAAUCUGGCCAGAGUCAAGGAAACACUUGGCUCACAGCCUUUGUGCUCAAGUCUUUUGCUCAAGCUCAAGCCUUCAUCUUCAUUGAUGAGUUACACAUCAACCAAGCCUUCACCUGGCUCUCCCAUCAGCAGAAGGACAAUGGCUGCUUCCGGAGCUCUGGGUCACUCUUCCACAAUGACAUGAAGGGGGGAGUAGAUGAUGAAAUGACCCUCUCUGCAUACAUAACCAUAGCCCUUCUGGAAAGUUCACUUCCAGCCACGCACCCCGUAGUCUCCAAAGCCCUGAGCUGCCUGGAGUCAUCCUGGAAGACCACAGAGCAAGGAGGAAAUGGCAGCUUUGUGUACACCAAGGCAUUGAUGGCCUAUGCUUUUGCUCUGGCGGGGAACCAGGAUAAGAGAAAUGAAAUACUGAAGUCACUUGAUAAGGAAGCUAUAAAGGAAGACAACUCCAUCCAUUGGGAAAGACCUCAGAAACCCAGUAAAUCCGAGGACACUUUGUACGAACCCCAGGCUGCCUCUGCUGAGGUAGAGAUGAGCGCCUAUGUCGUCCUGGCUCGCCUCACUGCCCAGCCAGCCCCAGCCCCUGAGGACCUGACUUUGUCAAUGAACACCAUCAAGUGGCUCACAAAGCAGCAGAAUUCCCAUGGUGGCUUCUCCUCCACACAGGACACUGUGGUGGCCCUCGAUGCUCUGUCCAAAUAUGGAGCAGUUACUUUUUCCAGAAGCCAGAAAAGUGCUUUGGUGACCAUCCAGUCUUCAGGAUCAUUUUCCCAAAAUUUCCAAGUAGAGAACAGUAAUCACCUGUUACUGCAGCAGGUCCUAUUACCAGACAUUCCUGGGGACUAUACCAUCAGUGUGUCGGGUGAAGGAUGUGCAUAUGUUCAGACUACACUGAGAUACAACAUGCACAUGGAGAAGCAGCAGGCCGCAUUUGCUCUACGGGUACAGACAACACCUCUAACUUGUAAUAAUUCCAAAGGCCACAACAGAUUCCAGAUCUCACUAGAAAUCAGUUACACAGGGAGCCGUCCAUCCUCCAACAUGGUGAUUGCUGAUGUGAAGAUGGUAUCUGGUUUCAUCCCAUUAAAACCAACAGUGAAAAAGCUUGAAAAAUUAGAGCACGUGAGCAGAACGGAAGUGAGCAAAAACAAUGUCUUAUUCUAUCUGGAUCAGGUGACCAAUCAGACGCUGGCCUUCUCCUUCAUCAUUCAACAAGAUAUCCCAGUAAAGAACCUGCAGCCUGCCAUUGUGAAAGUCUAUGACUACUAUGAGACAGAUGACGUGGCUUUUGCUGAAUACAGCAGCCCCUGCAGCUCAGGUAGGGAGCAGCUCUCUGAGUCAGCAAAGGCUGCCCAGCUGACAGGAAAUGCAGAGGUAAAAUUUAGGGAAUCACUCAAGCUCAUUGAGUUUCAGUCCACCGAGUAUCUACUUUUGGUAGAAGAUGAAUCUCUGAAGCCUGGACUUAGUGUAACACCAGUGUAUUUGAGUUAUCUCUGCAGACAGCUGGCUAUGGUCAAUGGGAAUAUGGACAUUUGUGACAGCUUAUCAGUUCACAUCCUUGGCUACAUCUUACAUGACCAAGUAAGAUGUACGUCUUAG